AUGCGAGUGCCAGCUGGGGUGGGGAUGGGGGCCCCUGUGCUCCUGUGGCUCCUGCUGCUGCUGGUCAUUUCCCACUCAGCCCACACAGCCAUCCUGGAGGUGAAUGGAAACCUGAACUGUAGAUGUGUAAAGACGACUUCGGAUUACAUCAGUCCAAAAAGAUAUGAGAGCAUUGAGAUAAGGCCUGUGGGAAGCACCUGCAGACGUACAGAAAUCAUAAUUAAAUUAGGAGGCUCAGGGAAGGUGUGCGUGAAUCCAGAUGCUCCUUGGGUAAAGAAACUGCUGAAGCGUAUUGCUAGCACGAAGAAAAAGUAAAUUUCCUGCUAAGGAAGUUGAUGCUCAGAGCCCUGAGAUGGGCUGGCAGAUGAUGCAAACCUGGGCACUCC